CAGCAGGCGCCCCCCGCCCGGCCCGCCCUGUCCCCCUCUGGUGACAGAAAGUCGGCCCAGCAGAUGAGGAAGUGGCAGGCAGGCUGGCCCUGGGGACUUCUCUCUGGCCCUGCUCCUUCCGAGCCCUCCACUCCUGCCCGCCUGGCCCCCCACUGAAUCCUUAGCCAGGAUGGAGGCAGUUGUGAACUUGUACCAGGAGAUGAUGAAGUAUGCAGAUCCUCGGGUCCAGGGCUACCCUCUGAUGGGGUCCCCCCUGCUAAUGACCUCCAUCCUCCUGACCUACGUGUACUUCGUUCUCUCACUUGGGCCUCGCAUCAUGGCCAAUCGGAAGCCCUUCCAGCUCCGGGGCUUCAUGAUUGUCUACAACUUCUCCCUGGUGGCGCUCUCCCUCUACAUUGUCUAUGAGUUCUUGAUGUCUGGCUGGCUGAGUACCUACACCUGGCGCUGCGAUCCUGUGGACUAUUCCAACAGCCCGGAGGCACUAAGGAUGGUUCGAGUGGCCUGGCUCUUCCUCUUCUCCAAGUUCAUUGAACUGAUGGACACGGUGAUCUUUAUCCUCCGGAAAAAAGACGGACAGGUGACCUUUCUACAUGUCUUCCACCACUCAGUGCUUCCUUGGAGCUGGUGGUGGGGGGUAAAAAUUGCCCCAGGAGGAAUGGGCUCUUUCCACGCCAUGAUCAACUCCUCUGUGCAUGUCGUCAUGUACCUGUACUAUGGGUUGUCUGCCCUUGGCCCUGUGGCUCAGCCUUACCUGUGGUGGAAAAAGCACAUGACAGCCAUCCAGCUGAUCCAGUUUGUCCUGGUCUCCCUGCACAUCUCCCAAUACUACUUCAUGCCUAGCUGUAACUACCAGUAUCCAGUCAUCAUCCACCUCAUCUGGAUGUACGGUACCAUCUUCUUCGUGCUGUUCUCCAACUUCUGGUAUCACUCCUACACCAAAGGCAAACGGCUCCCCCGUGUACUUCAGCAAAAUGGAGCUCCAGGUACUGCCAAAGUCAAGGCCAACUGAGAAACAUGGCCUACCUAGGCGCCCACCUAAGUGCCUCAGGACUGUGCCUUGGGCAGCAUCUGACAUUUUUCUUCCCACCUAUACCUGUGACCAGGGCUUAUGUGGUCAGGACUGAGCAGGGGACAGGUCCUCCCCUCCCCACAGCUGGUACACAGGGACCACAGCUUCCGUUCCUCACCCACUUCUCCUGGCCAGCUCCAAGGAUGUGGCCUCAUUGCCCUCUGCCACUCUGGAGCUGGGGGCUUGAAAGGGCUGGAUACUUAUUUCCCCCUCCCUGCCUUAAACUUGGGAGAGGAGCACUCAGGACUGGCCCUCAACCAGGGUCUUGUGGCCUUUUUCCUCACACUGAAGAGGUCAGCAAUAAUCUGUCACUGUGGACCCAGGAUCCCUCCUCUACCCACGCUGAAGCAGAAGCUUCUUGGCCAAAGGUCAGGGUGGGUGGGGGGCCUGGGAAUACAGCCUGUGGAGGCUGCUCCCUUGCUUAUGUCUCCAUUAAAAGUGACAGAGAAAACCA